UACGAGAAGAGUAGUGUCGAUUUCGGAGGAGCAAGUAUCAACAUGCCCACACUACGGGACUUACAAGUACAUUGUAACAAUAUAUAAAAGUCGGAAAAAGCUUUGUAACCGCGGAGGUCUCUGCCGGCAACGUAGCGAUGAUGCGUUAUAAACAGGAAUCUGUCCUUUAGUGGAAUUAUCUCCAGGUGUGACAUUUAAAAUGAGCAAAACGGCAUAAAUGAAGCGCUCUUAUAUUUAGAAUGCGCGUUUACGAAAAGUCUUCGUCAACGCAACGCGUCGACAGCUGUGGACACGUCGCCUACGGGAUUUUGUUCUAAUUAGCCGGUUAUUUCUGUAUACCGCGUUACACAUCAACGCUUAUUCAGAAUGAGCCUGUGUAAAGUCAUGAAGGAUGGCCAUUUGGAGAAGAGGAGUAAUGGACUUCUACAGCUGUGGAAGAAGAAGCGUUGCGUUCUCACGGAGGACGGACUCCGUUUGUACGACUGUAAAGGCGACAACAGUAAAGAGAUGCGCUUCGAGCAGAUGAGCACGCUGGACUGCGUGGAGUAUAAGCGGGGUCUGGUGUACUUCACCAUCGUGAUGAACGGCGGUAAAGAAAUUGACUUCAGGUGCCAGCAGGAGGGAACGGCGUGGAACGCGGAGAUUGCGCUCGCGCUGGUGCGUUUCAAAAACCGCGUCGCCGUUCAGACCGGCAGGAAAAGACACAUGUCACAUCUGGGCAGCUGCGGGGAGGGAGAUGUCGAGCUUUGACUCAACGGCUGAGGCACAGACACAGAACUGGAUCCAAAAGAGAGAGUGAGGUUGUGGACAAGAAAGGCUUUUGGAAGACCAAUGUUAAGGAAACACGUGAUGAAAGGUUUAUUCCAAACUCAAAGUACUUUAAACCACAGAGAAGUUUCAAGACUCUUUUGCACUUACACCGUUUUUCAAUUACAUAUACAGUAAACACCUCUUGGCAAAAGACUCAUUGGAUGGAAUUACGCCCGUUGGUGUUAUGGCACGGAUAAUUUUUGUAAUCAUUGGAGUUAUUUUGAUUGCAUGUUUGUUGCAUUAGCCAAUGGCAAUUGAGUGACCCCAUGGAUUGCUCUUCACCACAAUUCAGCAUGCAUGCUAAUUUCACUCUUCACAACAGCAGAGUGUCAUAAGUGGAUUUUGGUGUUGACUUUACAUUUUUAAGAGACAUGUUUUAUUUACCUCAUUCUCAAUGGAGGACAGCGUUUUGUGCUCACACUCAGUAUUAAGCAUGAUGCUGCUUUAGGAGACAUUAACCAUAAAUGAAGUAUGACUCACAGCCCCUCUGCUGCACUGUUUAACAUUUCAUAAGUGUUUGAAGGCAGAUUCUGGAUUUAUUCAGUUGUAAAGGCUUUUCAACUGCAGAACAAGCACGCCAGGAAGACUGAACUGCUGUUUCUUGGAAUGUAUCCCGACUGGAUUAAAAACUAGGUGGGUGGAUGGGCAAUGCUGUUAUUUUUUGUUUGCAAUUUUGUAGCCUACAUAACCUAAAUGAUUGCCAAAGUUACAAAAUAAUCUUCUGUGUGUUAGUUAAAAAAAGGAAUGUUUUUUAAUUCUGCACAGAGCUCAUUUUGUCAUAAGGUUCAGUACACAUUUGUCCUAAUAAAAAAAGACUUUGUGGCUUUGUAA